AAGAGUGGUCACUGAUGCAGGAAGAGGAAAUCCAGCAGGGCAGAUGGCGGCGUUCCCCUCGUGACCCAAACUUGCCCAGAACAUCAAGGAGGAACCGCAAGAAGACCAAAAGCAGCCGUGACUGUCGCCUGGAGAGGAAGGAGAUGCGGGUGCGGGAUCUUGGCCUCGGCUAUGACUCAGACGAGAUAGUCCUCUUUAAGUACUGUGUUGGAACAUGCCACACAUCCCGCAAGAACUAUGACCUGGCCCUCAAGACUCUGCUGGACAAUGGGAGCAUUUCUGGCAAAAUGGUCAGCAGUCACCCCUGCUGUCGGCCUACCCGCUAUGAGACUGUGUCCUUCAUGGACACCCAGACUACCUGGCAGACAAUUAAGUGGCUCUCAGCAGCCAACUGCAGCUGUGUGGGCUGACUAUAAAGAGGAGUGUCUAUCUGCAGUUAACAAACACAGAAAACUCUUGUGUGAAAGAGCAGGAUAUUGUGAGGCCUGGUGUCUACUUUGGGUGACUUAACCCGGGUUCAUGUGGUCUAUGACAUGGGCCGAAGAUGGGAUCCACUGCGCUGUGGCCAGGGCUUUCCCUGUGCUGAUAGCUUGGCUGUUGUUGAUGGAGGUUCAGAUACAUUCAGACAGAGCCUGAUGACACCAGCAAACCGUCUGGAUGUCUGCCUCCAGCCUGGGGCCGUAGAAGGUUUGUUUAAAUGCCACCAGCAAUAAGCACAGAGGAGGAAACUAUCAGUACUGUUCCAGUUCAUAGUGUAUACAUAUUUGUGUCCUUUAUUCAGUCUCUUGAAGGCAUCCAGGUGAUGUAACAGCCCUCUGGCAGCCAUGUUUAACAUAUACAGCUCUUUGGCAACAGAAGCCCAGAGUAACCAAUUCAAUUUCUAAGCAGCUUGGCUAUUUCAGAACGGUUAACUUCUGUGUUAUUUUUGACUGGGAGCUGUGUCCAGUUUUCUGAUAUGUUAGCUAGCUAGCUAGUGGAAGCUAGCAUUUGAAGAGGCAAACAAAAUUUGUGGCUGAAAUAUGCAGCAGAUAUGAAGGGUAAUAUUUGAUUUAAUUUGUGUUCACAAAUCAUCAGUUUGAGCCAUUUAAUUAACAGAAUGGAAACAUUAUUAUUCAUCAUACUGUGAACUGUAAGAGAUGUCAGAGAUAAGACAAACUUUGUCUUAGCCUGAAAGCCAAAAUCCAAAGGCUGGGAACAUCUCAGUCCAAAAUAAAAAAUAGAACACCACGCAACUUUUACUGGUCAUUACAGUGAACAUAGAGUGCUGAAACACUAUCAGCAUCAGUACAGUAGCUUUAGCAUUCAAGGGACCAAAAUGUUAAGAUGAUGAAACAAAUGACUUUGUGAACAAGUUUAUUUCUCCAUACAAAUUAAUUCAAAGCAAGGAUAUGAAGUAAUUUGUGCCCACAAAUUUAAUGUUU